AAGAAUUAUACUUUAGUUCAGUUAGAAUGAUCUGCUAUCUGCUUCUUACACUGGUGGUGAUUUCAGCCGUAGACGGUGCCAUUGUUAACCCGAUUAAUCCAGUCACCACCACCGUUGCCACCAAAAGUGCUGUUUAUGUUGACCGCAAAAACAUUGUCCGACUUUAUGAAAUCGAUAGAUCUAACCAAUUACGCAUAGCUGCAAAGAAGACUGCUCAAAGAACGUGGUGGGUGUGUUUCUUCCAACCCAUUUUGUGUUUAUAUAUUCUUUUUACUUUAUGAUAACAACGAUCGCCUCUUUCCUGGUCAUAUGUAUUCACUGAAUAAAUAAAUUUCGGGGAUUGG